GGACAGUCAAAAAUUCACAAUGUCAAAGGACUGCAAGAUGGUCAGCGAACUUUGCGAGAAAGUCUCAAAAAUUAUGACGGUUGUCAAGGAGCUGCGCGCAGAGCACAGAAGAGAGUUUGUACAGAAGCCUGAAGAAAUUGAGAUGGACGUAUUUUGGAGACAAACGUUUGUCCGAUUCACCGAGCCAGCUGAGAAGUGGAGCAAUAUUCGUCAUCGCCCGGCCCCCGCAACCACUCCAAUCGACAUUGUAUACCCACUUCGAGAACAGGAUUGGUAAAAGCGGACUCAAACUUAUAUCGAUUUUUCUCUGGUGUUGGCAUGUGUAUUGGUAGUUUCAAAUGAUUACAUGUACAUAUUUUUUUUAUUGAAAUCUCAGAAAAGCUUUACUAUUUUUUUAAUUGUAUUUUUUUGCAAGUGUUUCGUCUAUUAAUGUAAUGAAAAAUUAAUGAUCA